GUUCCAUAUAAGUUGACCCUCAGACGCGCUCAUUUUUCACCGUUCCUCUGUUGCUCCUCGACACAUCCUUUGCGGCACCCCCUCCUCCUCGACGACAACAUCAGGAUCUACAAUAAUGUCCUCGCGCGACGCCAAAGCCAGCAUCGUUGCUUUCCCCACUCUUUCAUCUUCUUUGAACGCUCUUCCGAAUGCCACCAAUCUCCAAGGGCUGCCAUUACACCCCAAUAUGUAUGCCCAACGAGCAGCAGAGAGUGAGGCAAAGUUACAAAGGUCCUUUCAGUCAAAAUCGGGGUCAUCACCCCAAAAUUUACAGUCUGCAUUGUACACAAUGCCUUCUUCCUCAUCAUCCUGUGAUCACACAUUAAUGAUGCGGAAACCACAAAAAUCAAAAUGAACGCUAUAGUUCUCUUUCGUUUCCAUUUCAUUACAACCGGCAUCGUCACUUAGAGUUUCAUCCUAUCAUCUAAGCCUAUUGGGACUUUGUAGAUUACGACCAAGCGCGCGCACAUCUUCAUCAUCACCACCACCAACAUCAUCUGUUUCGCUAGCUAGUCUAGAACUCUCUCAUCAUCCCUGCUCGUCGUUCCUGCUGUCACCUGCUUUCGUUCUAUUUUUUUUUGUUCAUGUGCAUCAUCAUCAUCAUCUCAUACGUACUAGACGCAAUCAUCCUUUCCCUUCUUCGUGUUUAUCUCAUAUGGUUUCUUUCUAGGUGUCUUGGGCUCGUCACACAUUCUAUCGCUAGGUUCUUUAUAUCUGAAGUCGCGAAUAUACGUUAUAAUGGGUUGCAAACUUGAUAUUUGAACGAUCAUACGCCACUUUUCGCUUUGAUCAGAUAUGAUGGUCAAGUUGUACCUUUGACUUGGUUCGACAGGAUGCCAGUCCUGAUCCACUCACCUUUACACAUCUUCCACAAAUCGCAUUGAGCUCAUUCAUGAUGCUGUCACGACCCUGC